AUGGGUACGGAGGUGGGGGUCGGCCCCCCAGGCAGAUACGGGACCCCGGGACUGUCCGGGCUAACGGUCCUCAUCCCGCCAGGACAAGACAGCUGUGUGUACUUCCCUGUCCAGCCAGAUGACCAGUGGAUAUUCUACUACCAGGUGAUUCGGGGGGUGAAGAGUGGAGUGGAUUUCUACAUUCUCAACCCAGAUCAUCACUUCUUAGUGUUGGACAAGAGGCAAGCCAGUGGCAAACACAGAAUCCAGAUGGAGCAGGCUGGAGAUCACAUGAUGUGUUUUGAUAAUUUCUUCGGCUUCACAGAGGAGAAAGUGGUCAGCUUUCACCUGCUGCUGCGCUACAGGAUACAGGAAAGCGCCGCCAACAGGCCGGACAACAAAACUGCAGGGCGGUCCCUCACUUCCAUGGAGAACUCACUGGCCCUGCUGAGGGAGCGUCUCCAGCGCUGUGGGCAUUACCAGCGGGUCUUGCGCUACGGGAUGGUUCUGGAUCAUGAGGAGCAGUCCCUCAAUGCCUGGCGGGUUCAGUUUUGGUCUGCUUUCAUCCUGCUGCUGAUCCCCUGUGUCUCCGCUUUGCAGGUCCAUGCAGUCAAGGCUCAGUUCAGGGGUCCUACCAUCUACACAGGCUUCCGCAUAUGCAACUAG